AUGGAAGUUGCCGGAACUGUCGUCGGUGUUGUUGGACUGCUUGCCGCUUUUAAAGGGGCCAUCGACGGGUACCUUCUGAUUGAGCAACUCUUUCGUCGGGAUGGCGGAUUACAGGAUCGUGCAAUUCACUUUGAGCGCAUAAGGAAAAAGCUAGAGAUAUGGGGCACCGAUUUCAAUGUUGAUAGCAGUUGCCCUGAUAAGGAUUGCUUGUUCAACUACGAGUCACAUGAAAAUCAGGCAACGAUCUUGAAGAUACUGGAGCGCACCACUCAGCAUUUGGGAGCCGCCGAGAAGCAACUGAGGAGACACACUAGGGAAGAAGGGAAGAUGAAGCCGUGGAAAUCUCGCAUUUUCAAAAGCAAUGAUGACUGUAAGAAACGGACAACCUGGGCUGUUAAAGACAAGCAGCUGCUGGACGAAAUUAUCGAACAGCUGAAUAAACACCUCCAGAAUCUGUUGGAAUGUACGAAAGAGGUGUCAGUUCUGCAGGAAGAUGGCUGGAAAGGUCAAACUGGCAGUUUGACAACAAUCGACGAGACGAAAGCCCAUAUCGAAGCUCGAAAUUCCAAACAAGAAGGAACUUGCCAGUGGAUCUUUCAACGACCUGAAUACAAAGACUGGGUGUCGGGAACAGCGACAAACCUGUUGUGGAUAGAUGCCACUCCUGGCAAUGGCAAGACGGUCCUCGCUUCCGCGGUGAUUGACGAGCUCAGGAGACUCGCAAUGCAACCAAAAGCAAACACAGGUCUUGCUUAUUUCUACUGCGAUUACAAGGACAGCAUGAGACAGAGUCUGUCAGAACUUUUUGGAUGCAUGACAGCCCAAUUGGCACAGCAAAACUUGGCUGUCCGCCAUGCAGUGUGGGAGUAUCUCGCAUCGUUUCAGAAGUCGUACCUCGAAGCUCGGUCUGUGGACUAUAAGGAGCUCGCAAAGAUCACGAUCAAGACAUGCGAGAAGUUCAAACAUAUUUACUUGGUGAUAGAUGCUGCGGAUGAGUUCCUUCCUCCUAGCAAGCCCAAAGAGAGCAGUCAUGGCGAUUGGAGCCAUCGCAAAGCCCUGCUGGAGACCCUCAUACACUUGCAGAAGGAUGGAAAAGGUAAAAUCAAGGUUCUUAUCACAAGCCGUCCUACCAUGGAAAUCCAGUCAGCUCUGAGAGAAGUGUCGAGGAUUUCAAUAUCUAGCGAGUCAAACUCUGAGGACAUUGAACUCUACGUCCGUGCAAAGCUGGAGAAAGAGAUGGAGAACAACACAGAAUGGGGAGAGAAAUUGAUGGCGGGUGAGCAACAAAGUCCUACUAUCAAAUCCUGCAUUGUAUCCAAACUUGUUGAAAAGGUGAAUGGAAUGUUUCUCUUUGCUACACUACAACUCCAAAUAUUACUUGGUUCUGAUAGCAGUGAAGAUGUGUUGACCAUCCUUGAGGAGUUACCACCUAACAUAAAUCAGACGUGGGAACGAUUGUUAUUGGACAUUGACGCUGCCCAGAACCUUCCAAGAGACCGCGAGACCGUCAAGAAGAUAUUACAAUGGCUUGUAGCAGCUGCUCGACCAUUGACACUGGAUGAGAUCAGAGCUGCAAUAGCAGUGCAAAAGUAUGAAGCGAACAUAGAAUUGGGCAACAAGCUGCACGAUCCUCAGUGGCUCUUCAAGCUCUGUGGACCACUUGUCCGCAUGAGCUCCGAUCAGACUCCUGACAAGCAAGAGCUCUCUUUGGCCCAUUUCUCACUGAAGGAAUUCUUGCUCUCUGGAUAUCUCCAAAACAGUGCAGAGGCUGCUGUUCGGAAGUACAAUAUCGUGCUUUCUGACGCUAAUGCUUAUCUCGCCAUGGUCUCUCUCACCUACUUAUCUUCACGAGAACUAGCACACCCGUACCACAAUCGACAAGAGCUUGACAAAUUGCGACAAGACCACAAGCUUCUUGACUACUCGACGCUUCAUGGUGGCAUGCACCUUAGAUCACUUGAUCGUACAGACGACAAGUUGAGCGAACUUCUAAAGGGCCUCCUCAUUCCAGAGGUGACUUGGCAGGACCUAAGGAGUCAAUAUAAUAGACCAAACGACCCCUUCAAGGUUACAUUCACUGCCUUUCUGCCAUCUGAGGAAAAUGAUUUUACACAUUGGCCACGGAAUGCUUGCAUCUCGAUCGAAGAGGAGCUUUCAGAAGCUGUUGCGAAAGACGUUGCGACCCGUCUGGGAGGACAGUUGAUGAGGUCGAUUCAAGGUCGUCCCAAUUGCAAAUCGUUCUUGCAGCUUUUCCGCAUUUUGAGCGAUCCUACAAGAAAGGACCACCCGGUCAACAUAACGCCUUUGUACUACGCCUCGCUGUUUGGAUGGAGGUCAGGAGUCGAGAAACUUUUGCAGCUGAACGAAGACCGAGCUACUACCACUGACCUCAAUCACGCUCUACGUGCUGCAGCUGUUGGAGGCUUCCCCGAAAUCAUCGAGAUGCUGUGUAAAGCUGGAGCAGACGUCAAAGCGCAGAUGGUACCACUUGGUAGCCCACUCCAAUCAGCUACUUUCUGCGGCCAGAAGGAGGCGGUUCAAAAACUACUGGGUCUUGGCGCUAAGCCCAACGAGGAUAAUUUCUAUUACAGACCUGGUGGGACCAUCGGUAGUAGCCUGCAAGGGGCUGCCAUGAGCGGUGAUACAGACCUUGUACAGCUUCUGGUCGAUGGGGGAGCGGAUAUCAAUUGCAAUGACGGCUGGCUUGGUACUGCUCUCCAGGCAGUGCUGGAAGGAGGCAAGCAAGAGAUGGCGAUGUUCUUGAUUAAUCACAAGGACUUCAAUCCAAAUGUGACGGGAGGUUACUAUGGGAGCGCUUCUCGGAUCAUCUGCCUCCAAGCGGAGCGAUCAAUGAACAACUUACUGACAGCAAUUUUCGAUUGGGGUGGCUCUCCCUCUGAACGUGUCGGGCCGUACGGCAGCCUUUUGGAAAUCGCAAGCCACUUUGGCCACCUCGAAAAAGUUAAACUCCUUCUCAAUCGAAAAGCACAACUGGACGGCGCCUCCAUGGGACAGUUUGGGAACGCCAUUCACGCUGCCGCCAUGCAUGGCGACGAACAAACAAUCCGUCUGCUUCUUGACCAUGGCGCGGAUCCCAAUUGUCCCGGCCGCUGGCUGGGGAACGACUUCGCUCAAACCAUUCCUGGUCAGCCAGAGUAUGGCAAGUGCCUGAAACUACAACAAGGCGAAGGCUUCCUGGCGUAUGACCACUCAUUCGUUACUAAAGCCUUCUUUGCACCGUCACUGAAUGCUGCAAUGCGGCUCCGUCAGGUUGAUCAUAACAAAAUCUUUAUGCUCUUCGAGAACGAGCCCACACACCAUAAUGGACACCUGGGCAAUCCAUUGCAAGCUGCGGCCUUCCGCGGCCACGCCGAUGUGUUGAGAUUGCUGAUCGCAAGGGGAGCCAGGGGGCAUCUCGAAGCCGUCUGUACUCUCCUUGAGAGCGGCGCCGAUCCCAACACUGCUGCGGCAGGACACUACGGAACAGCUCUCGCCGCAGCGACUGCAUUGAGGUUCGAGGAGAUCGUUCAAGCCUUGUUGGAUAAUGGCGCGAAUCACAACAUCCUCGACGAACAUGGCUGGGGUGCGAACACAUGGUGCACGCUGCAUAAUUGGACGCUGCCGGACGCGCGAAUUCAAGAACGACUCGAGAAAGAGUGCAAAUCUCCUGGCGCGUGGAGCCUGACAGAACGAUCACCCAACUUACAUAUCGACAACAGUGGAUGUGGUAUGCGGUUUUUGAACGAGCCGUUGAAUCUCUUGGUGAGUGGCUCGCACUUCUCAGUCGGGGCUACUAUUCUCGCAAACCACCCAAUCUCUCCAUAUGGGGAUUUCUACUUCGAGGUGAAGAUUGAGGAUCAAGGAAGUAAUCAAGUCAUCGCCAUCGGCCUCAGCGAGAAAGACGUUCCUACUUUCAAGCUUCCCGGCCAUGCAGCACCGAGCUGGGGCUUCCGCGGCGAUGACGGCGGCUGCUUCGAGCACAAACCCAAAGAAGGACUGGCAUGGCCCCACGGCGCGAGCUGGGGAUAUCAUGGCGAUGACGGACACUGUUAUGCUGAAGACCAAGAGCGGACGCUUGGAUGGCCGAAGUUUGGAACGGGAGACACGGUGGGCUGUGGUGUUGGUUGGCGAGAAAGAGAGAACGGGGAGAGUGUAGUGUUCUUUACGCUAAACGGGAUGAGGCUUGAACCGAACUUACUGAUCUCGCGGAGGAGAGUAUAUCCUGCGGUGGGGCUGCAGUCGAAGGGGGCGGCUGUGCGUGCGAAUUUUGGGGUACAGGCUUUUCAGUAUAAUGCCAUAGGAGAUGGUGGUUGGGAGAGUGACAGGGUGAAGGGGUUUGAAGAGCUGGAGAUUUUGUAA